AUGGAGGUCUUAGACACAAUAAGGGAACUACAAACGAUCCCAGACGGCAUCCACCUACUUUGUCCGCGACAGAGAAGAGACGAUUAUGGGCGCUACGAUGGCCCCGACGGGGAGGACGAGUCCCAACGAGCUAUGGAACGCCGAGACAAGGCAUUGUCGUGCUUGCCAAUUUUGGCUUUCAGUCAAGAUGGACUGGAACAAUUACAGGACUGGCUGUGGCGGAAAUUCGAUGACACGCUGGAAAGCUGCGAUUUUUGCAUCAGAAUGUAUCACAGAGGGAAACUGUCUCUCGCCGACGGUUUGAAGGAAAACUAUGACGACGAGGAUAUUGAAAAGCUUAUGCGGCUGCUUGAGGAGUGGGAUAUCAAGCGAAUGAAAAGGAAUUUGACAAUAGCUCUCGAAGAACUAAAUGCGGUUCCUCCAGAGAAAAUAGGCUUGGAUGCUUUGAGAACGUCUUCAUUGCUAGCGAUUUUUGAGUGCCUGAGCUCCGAGGUGAUGCAGCGCAAUGAUGCUUUGCUUAAGGAAUAUUUCGAUACCCCGUUUAGAAUGAUUCAGACGAAGCGUACUCUGAAGCUCACCGAUUAUGUCCCGGGUUUGACAAACUUUCUAUUUGAUCCCGAUCCAGUCCGGAAUCACUGGGCCAUUCAUGGGUGGUCUCGUUUCCGCCGUGCUCCUACCUCAGCUGAGUUUGACUGGGCAGUGAAAGAUGGAUUGACCCGUGCACUCAUUGCCGUCUCACCUCAGCAACAACAUCUAGACGUUGCUGCUAUCAACCGAUUGUGGACAGGCCUCCGAAUCAUCAUAAUGAGACUUGAUAGAGAUCAGAUCACUCAUCACCUCCGUGCUCUAGACAUCGAUCCCUGCCGGCUUUCCGUGGAACACCUUGGAAUACAGUCACCUGGCUUGCGGGUAUUAUUGAACGCUAUCCAGUUACUCUUGGAAAAGGCUCCAGGUGACUUUUGGGAUGCCAUGCAGACUAUUUCUCCACAAGCGAUAGCAGAGCAGAUUUUCAAUAACCCCCAAUUCGAUGCCUUCCUUCUAGAAUCUACGGAGGAUGUGCCGCUAUCCAAGUCCCCACUGCACGAUAUGCUGUCAUGGACCACCCCUUUCAUGUCAUCGUUGAAGAAUAUCAACCAGACACCUGCUUGCAGAUACAUCGUCUCUCAGUUAUUCAAACGAUAUCAAGACACAAGGUUUCCAUCAGUUGCACGCUUCCAAUGCUUUCUUAUUGGAAUUGAGGUGCUCCUCUGUACGCUACGCACAUUCACCAACAAUGAAUCAUCAAGAGGAUCAGUCGCACGCGUUGUUCUGUCUGAGACUUUGGAAGUCGUCAAGGAAUAUAUCGAUCUAUUUGUUACACCGGAGAUAAACGGCGCUGGUGAAAGGGGUCGGCUGAUUAUCAAUGGUUGCAUGGACGUGGUCAGCAACACUCUUGCUCUCGAAUGCCAGUCCCUCAAGACGGACUAUGAAGUUUUGCUGCAUCAGUCCACCCUGCAUCAUGGGGUCAGUACAUAUUCCCCGGCCAUUUGGGAUGCUGUCAUUGCGAAAUUAAGCGAGCGAAACCGAGACCUUUCGACGGCAGCACUGAAGGGUAUAUUAGAUCUAGUAGGUCUUGAGAAAUUUCCUACCAAAGGUGAAGAUAGCCGAGAGAAAACACAUUAUAAUGUUAUCUACGGCCACCUUACCCAUCUAUCAGCCCAGAUCAUUGAGCGUCUUGCCGAAUUCGACCCGGAACAUCUGGAUGCUUUGUUCGCCAGCCAGGAUACUAGCUGUGCGCUGAUAUCGGCUCUAUUUUCUGCCGACUUGAAUACUUACCAAGCAGCCGUGGAUCUCAUCAAGAAUGUGAGCGGGCAGUCUGUAAGAAGAGAUGCAAUCUCUCAUCUCCUGCAAUUGUUCUUCUCGACCGCCGUCUACGGGUUUGGGUGGUCUUUCUUCCGUAUCAGCACGUUAAAGACGUUCGGCUCUGCUCCGAGGAUGAUUCAUACUGGAACGGACAUCAUUGAUAUCUUAUGUGACACUCAGACCGGCAUACUCAGGACCCGAAAGUUGGCAAACAAAAAGGAACUCACGGAAGUCCAAACUCUUUGGGAACGUCAAUGGUCAGCUUUGACUACCAUCUUUGAUAUGACUGAAGCUUGGCAUAAUCGAGGAAACGAUAAGAAGGUAAUGCUUGAAUUCUGCCGUGACACAAUCCAAUUUGCAGAUCUUCUUUUUGCUCAGUAUGCCGUGUUCGCCAGCGCAAUGAGUGCGGACGACCAAUCGCAAGAAGAUUCUGUACGAGAAACUCUGUUGCAACAUCCCACGGCCACGAUGAAAGGAAUGGUGAAAUGGCUCAGGCUCAAGGAUGAGUACCUUGCUACAACAUUGGUUGGCCUGGUUUCCAAGAUUCUUCGACGACUUGGCAAGUUGAAUAUCACGACUGUCGACCGCAGUGCUCUCCAAAUAAUCGAAAAUGUCGCCGUGACAGGCAGUAUAAAAACGAUGUUGAUAGCACGUGAGAAAGCAGAGCUUGUGAGGGCUUUGGAAGCAUACUAUAAGAAACCGGUUGUUACUGCAUCGACCGCAGCUUUGAAAAAACAAAGCUCUAUCACUGCCUUUGCAAGACAAACCGAUUCCUCUGGCCGAUCGACUCCAAAUCGGUCGACAAGCGAAGAAGACUACGAGGAUUCUUCCGUUCCUGAUGAAAUGCUGAUGCAAUUGUCACGAUCCGUUGAAUUAAAUAAAGCUCGCAUUGCCAGUCAACCCCAGAAAAAAUCACUUGCGGCGACAAAAUCACCUCUUAUUCUUCCCAAACCCCCCUCUCGACCAUCAUUAGCAGUCGAGUCUUUUCGCGAAAAGCGCGAAAAAGAAAGAGAGGCUAAGAAGAAACGAGAUCUUGCGGAGCUGCAGCGCUUGAAAAAGAACAUUUCAGGACUUGGUGUUGCAGAACAAACUGCUGGCCAAGGUUCAGGGGUUCAGGGUGGUAUAAGGGGCAAAGAUCAUACUCCCAUCGAUAGUAUGAUGGUUGGAUCAGAAUCGGAAUCAGAAGAAGAAAGCGACGAUGAGAUUGACACAGAGUUGUUUGGAAAGAAAGCUGCAUCAACCCCGGCUGCUGUGAGGGAAUACCAGGAAAGUAAAAGACGAGCUCUUAAGCAGCAAGGACCAGUGAAAAAAGUCAGACAAUGGCGUUCGGCUAAAGACAUGCGGGCUCGAUUGGUUCCAGAUCUAUCAUCGCUUCAUCGUACCUUACUUGAGUGGGACUUUUUCGCUAGCGGUGACCUGCCUCCGAACUCAGGCCGUACAGAUUAUUCCCUAAUUACAUCUACUUUCAGAGAUCCUAUCGAAUACCAACGAACCUUUGAGCCUUUGCUGGUCUUAGAAGCAUGGCAGGGCUUUCAAUCUGCAAAGGAAGAAGCAAACUUCAAGCCAUUUGAGGUUACAGUGGCAACUCGUCUUUCUGUUGAUUCGUUCAUGGAAGUUAGCACAAAUUUGAAAAAUGCAUCAGACCUUAAAGAUUUUGGACUAGGAGAGGCUGAUAUCGUUUUGCUAUCCAAGUCAAGAAGCCCCGCAAAUGACAAGUCCUCUCCCCAUUGCUUGGCUAGGAUCUCUGGCAUUAAUAGGAAGAAAGGUAUCGUCGAAGUGUCAUACCGGGUCAAUCCUGGAAACCCAAUCAUUUCUUCCAUUGCACCAGGGGCUACCAUGUGGGCCGUACGAAUAACAUCAUUGACUCCAUUGGAGCGUGAGUAUGGGUCCCUUAUGGCGUUGCAAUAUUAUGAUCUAUGCGAGGAGAUUAUCAAAGCGAAACCCUCGCCAAUUCUGAAAUAUAAUGACGCAGGCCUGAAGCCAUUGGUUGACAACUACACCGUCAACCUGGCACAAGCCAAAGCCAUCAAGUCUGCAUUGGACAAUGAUGCAUUCACAUUAAUACAAGGUCCACCAGGGUCGGGCAAAACGAAAACUAUUGUUGCUCUUGUUGGAGCGUUGAUGAGUAAUUCAUUAAGCAAUCAACAGAGCGUGGCAAUUGCCCGUCCUGGUGAGAAGCAGGCAUCCGCUCCUCCAGGGAAAGCUUCAGUCGCGAAGAAGCUUCUUGUCUGUGCUCCUAGUAACGCAGCUGUCGACGAACUCGUGAUGCGUUUCAAAGCAGGGGUAAAAACGCUCCAAGGCCGUUCAGAAAAACUUUCUGUCAUUCGCUUGGGUCGUAGUGACGCCAUCAAUGCAAAUGUGUUGGAUGUCACUUUGGAUGAGCUUGUCAACGCACGUCUUAAUCAAUCCGCCCAGAAAGGCUCAGGGGAAAAGGAUCUUCAGAAGAUUUAUGAAGAGCACAAGACUACCGACACCGCAUUCAAGGAGAUGCGGACCAAACUAGACCAGCUUAGGGCGAAAGGGCAAACUCCUCCGGACGAUCUUCAACGUGAAUUUGAACUGCUCAAAAAGAAGCGGACACAACUCAGCCAAGAAAUCGAUAAUACUCGGGAUCGCAAUAAUUCCAUUGCUCGUAACAACGACCUCACUCGCCGUCGUAUUCAACAAGAAAUUGUUGAUGGUGCUCAUGUUAUUUGUGCGACUUUGAGUGGCAGUGGACAUGAAAUGUUCCAGAAUUUGAGUAUUGACUUUGAGACUGUGAUUAUCGAUGAAGCUGCCCAAUCUAUCGAGUUAAGCGCUCUUAUUCCCCUAAAGUACGGAUGUGCAAAAUGCAUUCUCGUUGGAGAUCCCAAGCAGCUUCCACCAACAGUUCUAUCCAAAGCGGCUUCCCGUUUCCAAUAUGAACAAAGCUUGUUUGUUAGAAUGCAAACUAACCACCCCAAUGACGUUCAUCUUUUGGAUAUUCAAUACCGUAUGCAUCCUGCAAUCAGUCGCUUCCCCAGCAUGACUUUCUACGACGGUCGACUACAAGAUGGCCCGGAUAUGGCUAAGCUUCGUGUUCGUCCAUGGCAUAAUAGCACAUUACUUAGCCCAUACCGCUUUUUCGACGUACAGGGACUCCAUCAAAGUGCUGCCAAGGGUCAUUCGCUCAUUAACAUCGCUGAAUUGAACGUAGCAAUGCAGCUUUAUGAGCGAUUAGUUACUGAUUUCAGAUCUUUCGAGUUCUCUGGCAAGAUAGGCAUUAUCACACCCUACAAGGGUCAAUUGAGAGAGAUGAAGACGCGUUUCGCUGCGAGAUAUGGUAACGCCAUCUUUACGAAGGUCGAAUUCAACACAACCGACGCCUUUCAAGGUAGAGAAAGCGAGGUCAUUAUUUUCUCUUGUGUACGUGCGUCGAACAAGGGCAUUGGUUUCUUGUCUGACAUUCGCCGUAUGAACGUCGGAUUGACUCGUGCCAAGUCGUCACUAUGGGUUCUUGGAAACUCUCAGUCUCUUGUCCAAGGAGAAUUUUGGAACAAGCUUAUCACUGACGCCAGACAACGCAGUGUUUACACAGACGGUGAUAUCCUAGCGAUGUUGCAGCGUCCACAAUUCACCGGAUAUCGUAAUGUAGAUAUGGUCGACGCCGAUGUUAACGAGUCGAAUUCAUCGGCAGUAGAGACGCCUACUGAGACUCGUUCGUCUAAUGAAAUGGAGUCAGUGUCUGCCCGCAACACCCCUAGUCCCGUGAUCACUGGUCCGUCUGGGGGUUCUAAUGGACUUGACGAUACCAAGGCAUGUGCUUGCUGUGGUAGUUUUGAACAUUUUACAAGAAAUUGUGACAACGCAGAAGCUCUUGGAGAGGCUAAAGGCAUAUGCUUCCGCUGCAAGGAGCCUGGUCAUACAAAAAUCAGAUGUACUGCACCUCGUUGUUUGAUGUGUGGCGAGAUUGGACAUUUGGCAGAGAGCUGUGAGUCCAAGAAGAUUCUGUCUCACAAAGAGAAGAACAGGAUCGCCAAUGAGGAGCGGCGUCAUAAACAGGCUCAGCAGGCCAAACGGGAGGAGAUCAAGCAGAAGCAUAUGCGGAACUACGAUCCCCAAGUCCCGGUUAUUAAAGUCUCUACUAAAUCCCCAUCUCCACCUCCACAGCGCCCUCAGCCUCAGCAGCCAUCGGGGAAGAGAAAACUUCCGCCUAGUGGACCUUUUGCAAAGAGCAGCAAGCGCAAAGUGGAUGCAGAGAUCCCACAGGAGCCACCCAGUAUGAUACAACCACCACGAGGGCCAAAGAAUGCCAGACCAAACAAUGGACCGCGUCCUCCGAUACCAGCACGAAAGAGAAAAGAGGCCGAUCCCUUCAUUCGGCCCAGAAAAAGAUGA